AUGGAUGUUGUCAGGAAAUAUGCCGGAUUGGAGGAUUCCUUGACGGAUGAGACCCUGGCUCCAUUGAGGACUUACAAAUAUUCGAGUGUCGAUAAGUCAUAUAUCUCUCGGUAUAUACUCAAACACUAUGUAUUGUCGCUCUCUGCCCUUUUCAACGCUUUUCUUUUUACCUCCAAAGGGGAUGGAUGGAUGGAUCAUCUCCCCUGGAAUGCCUUUGUCGAACUCUUGCCACUAUGGAUUGCUCCCAACAUGGUCACCCUGCUUGGGUUCGGAUUCAUUGUUGGGAAUGUAGUGCUGCUGGAGAUUUACAUGCCUAAUCUCGUAGGACCGGCUCCAUCAUGGGUAUACUAUAGCUUUGCUAUAGGCAUCUGGAUGUACUCUACCAUGGAUAAUGUCGAUGGCAAACAGGCUAGACGCACCGGCACGUCAAGUCCUCUUGGAGAAUUAUUUGACCAUGGGAUUGAUUCUUUAAAUUGCACGCUAGCAAGUUUACUUGAAGUAGCAGCCAUGGGUCAAGGAUCGACCAAAAUCGGGGCCUUCACUAUGCUGAUUCCAUGUCUACCUAUGUUCUUCUCGACCUGGGAGACGUAUCAUACCCACACCCUAUACCUGGGCUACUUCAAUGGUCCCACAGAGGGCCUGAUCAUUGCCACCUCAAUCAUAAUAGCCGCCGGUUAUUACGGACCCGAGAUUUACUCUCGUCCUUUGGCCGACGGUAUCGGAUACAAGGAUUUGCUCGGAAACAUCACCUUUCUUGACAUUUGGGUCUUUGUCCUCCUCACGUCUUUCUUCACCGCCCACUUGCCCGAGUGUGUCUAUAAUGUGGUCCAGGCACGAAGACGCAGUGGGUUGCCGGUAUUGCCCAUCUUCCUUGAAUGGACUUCCAUCAUCGUAUCAAGUAUCUCGGCUAUAUCGUGGGUCUAUUCUCCUUAUUCCUUCAUCCUGAAAGACAACCACCUCGUCUUGUUCGCCGUCACCCUAUGCUUUGUCUUUGGGCGAAUGACCACCAAAAUCAUCCUCGCCCACCUUACCAGGCAGCCAUUCCCUUACUGGACUGUCCUAAUCACCCCUCUUAUCGGCGGUGCGGUCCUCGUCAACCUCCCUGCCAUCGGCUUACCAUCCGUUGGGGCUACUGUGGAGCUAUGGUAUCUUUGGGGCUACCUCGCCUUUGCCUUUGCCGCAUACAUGCACUGGGCCCUAUACGUUAUUGGCCGUAUCACAACGUUCCUGGAUAUCAACUGCCUGACGAUAAAGAAACGACAUUCAUCCUCGAAUGGCCCUGUCCUCGGUGUUAUUACAAACAGCAAAAUGCAAGCAGGGUUCAACAAACCGGUCAAGUUGAACUAG